AUGGCGGCCCCCAACAACCCCUACAACAAGUUGUUGAAGACCUUGGACAUAAAUGGGAAGACGUUCAAGUAUUAUGAUUUGUCUCAACUCGGAGAUAAAUAUGACCGCCUUCCAUUUAGUAUCAGGGUGCUAUUGGAGUCUUGUAUCCGGAACUGUGACAAUUUCCAAGUGCUAGAGAAGGACGUGCAAAAUGUUCUCAACUGGGAAUCGAACCAGAACGCAGAGAACCCUGUGGAGAUUGCUUUCAAACCGGCCAGGGUUAUUUUGCAGGACUUAACAGGUGUACCAGCUGUGGUGGAUUUCGCAGCGAUGCGGGAUGCUGUGAAGGAUCUCGGAGGCAACCCAGAUAAGAUCAAUCCCAUCUGUCCCGCUGAUCUUGUUAUAGAUCACUCUGUGCAAGUGGAUUUCGCUAGGGUACCCGAUGCUUUAAAUAAAAAUCAAGAGCUUGAGUUUGAGAGAAACAAAGAGAGAUUCCAGUUCUUAAAGUGGGGAGCUCAGGCCUUCGACAACAUGUUGAUAGUUCCUCCGGGAUCCGGGAUAGUGCAUCAAGUGAAUCUAGAAUAUUUAGCUCGUGUAGUGUUCACUGGAAACAUGUUGCACCCCGACUCAGUGGUGGGGACGGACAGUCAUACUACCAUGAUCAAUGGGUUGGGCGUCGUCGGGUGGGGGGUGGGCGGGAUCGAAGCGGAAGCAGUCAUGCUGGGACAAGCCAUCAGUAUGUUAUUACCGAAAGUGGUGGGCUACAAGUUAGUGGGCGAACUGGACCCAUUGGCCACGUCUACUGAUUUAGUACUCACUAUUACCAAGCACCUGCGCUCUUUGGGCGUGGUGGGUAAAUUCGUGGAGUUCUUUGGGCCCGGCGUGGCGGCGCUGAGCAUCGCGGACCGCGCCACCGUCGCCAACAUGUGUCCCGAGUUCGGUGCCACCGUCGCUCACUUCCCCGUCGACGCCCGCUCUCUGCAGUAUCUCAGUCAGACUAAUCGAGCUGCGGAUAAGAUCAAAAUAAUAGAAGAGUAUUUGAAAGCAACCAAGCAGUUUAGAAAUUACAACAAUCCUGACCAAGAUCCUAUAUUUUCGGAGAUAGUAGAACUGGACCUGUCAACGGUAGUGACGUCAGUGAGUGGACCAAAAAGACCACAGGAUAGAGUGUCCGUGUCGGUCAUGAAGAAAGACUUUGUGGACUGCUUGAGUAAUAAGGUCGGUUUCAAAGGGUACGGACUAUCACCCGCCCAGCUCACAGCCUCAGGCAGUUUCUCCUUCACCGACGGCAACACGUACACAAUCACGCACGGCUCAGUCAUCAUUGCGGCUAUCACGUCGUGUACAAACACGUCCAACCCUAGCGUGAUGUUGGGUGCUGGUCUGUUAGCAAAGAAAGCGGUGGAGAACGGUCUCAGUGUACUUCCUUACAUCAAAACUUCGCUCUCACCCGGCUCUGGCGUUGUGACUUAUUACUUAAGAGAAUCAGGAGUAGUACCGUAUUUAGAAAAGUUAGGUUUCGACAUAGUGGGCUAUGGGUGUAUGACGUGCAUCGGUAACUCUGGACCUAUAGAUGACAAUAUUGCAAAUACCAUCGAAAAGAACGAGUUGGUGUGCUGUGGGGUGUUGUCAGGGAACAGGAAUUUUGAGGGUAGGAUUCACCCCAACACGAGGGCUAACUACCUCGCAUCACCCCUCUUGGUCAUAGCCUAUGCUUUGGCCGGCACAGUCAAUAUUGAUUUUGAGAAAGAGCCUUUAGGUAAACGAGCAGAUGGCACUCCCGUAUAUCUAAAAGAAAUAUGGCCCACUCGAGCUGAAAUCCAAGAAGUAGAAAACAAAUAUGUCAUCCCUGGGAUGUUUAAAGAAGUUUAUGCGAAAAUAGAAGAAGGUUCGCCAUCUUGGCAAGCGUUGGAUGUGCCACAGGGGAAGUUGUAUAGAUGGGAUCCGAACUCCACAUAUAUUAAGAAACCACCAUUCUUUGAUGGAAUGACUAAG